AUGCUGAGUCUUCUCAAGACUGCCAUGAACAUCAUUGCCGGUGCAUCACCUUUUGCAGAAUCCAGUCCGGACCCCGCCAGCAUCAAUGCGAACGAGUCGAACGAGGAUCUUCAGAGGGAAGCGGAGAGGUCAGGCACGAAGCGGGCAAAACGUGCGCGGGAGGAGAGUGGGAGUCCCGAACUGCAGCGGAAAGUCGCGAGGAGGCUAGGGCAGCACGAGGGUCGUUUGACUGAGCAUUAUAGCCCACGUCCACCGGACGCUAUCACGAUAUCUGUACCCACCACACACGACAACGACUGGAACCCUGAUCACGGAUCGAAGAUGGCGCGAGGGGUACAGCCGAGCAAUACUCUGAAUCAGCCAACAGUACAAUCUUCGGGUAGCGGUAACGGCAGUACCUUCUUUGGCUGUCACGCCGGUCGCGGACCUGCAGCCCUGGCGACGCAGACUGUCAGAGGAGAUAAUGUGCAGAGCAGGGUAGACGCGGAGACGAGGUUCAACAGGCACCAAGACGGGGAACCCAAAACAAAGAAACAGAGAACAACCACUGUAGGAGGCACACCGGGAUCCUCGCUAACAGUCGACCUCACGGAUGAUGGGAGUAUGGAUUUUGACGUAUUCGCUGCGCAUCCAUUUCACAAGAGUAGCGCCGGGCCAAUGAGCAUGCAACCGGCAAGGUCGAGCCAGCCGGCACAAGCCAAUGAUCAUUUCGCAGCGCGGGAGUCUCAUCAAGCAGCUUCAUWCACCACCGAAGCGAAGCAGUCCAAGUCUGCGAAGCGGAGGAGCAACGAUCUUGCGCGCAAUGGCAGUGAGCGUUCGAGUGUCUAUGCAUCAGCGCGAUCGCCAGCAAUCGAGAUCCAGGACAGCUCCACUGAGGACCUCCCAGGAGCCAGGCACUCACCCGUGGUCGUCUGGGAGGGCAGCAACGGAAAUGCGGCACAUCCGCGUGGUUCACGACGCGUUCCUCCUAUUGAGUUGAGUAAGGGUCUUCCUAAUCCGCCCAAAGCAAAGGCAAAAGCAAAGGCUUCCCAGGGGAGCGAGAAGGACUUGCAGGUCGCAAACAGCAUGCUUCAGACUACAAGGCCAACCAAUAAACCGCCAAGACAAACCAACCGUGCACAACCUCAAGAAGCAGCCGAAAAUACUCGUCAACCCCCAAACCUGAGGCAUACGUUUAAGCGAGACGACCACACCCAUGGACACCCGCUCAAAGCCAAGGAUAGAAUGCGAGCAGAUUCGAGAAAUGAUAGAAAUAGUCCAGACCAGAUUGCGGGCGACAGAACUAUCCCGAGCUACAGCUCGCCCCACAAGGAAAAGCUGCCUCAAAGCUCUGUCCAGAGUAACACUGCACAGCAGCAAAAAUCCUCGUCUGCUGUAGUUCAUCAGCAAAAGUAUGCGGGUUCAACUGCAUCUGAAUGUCCCAUCGACGAUAUUCUCGGGACCGAACGGAUCCCUAUCCGCUCGAUCUUUUCCAAGCAAUACGUCGGAGAACAGGGAGAUUUGGCACUUGAGUGGAGUGACGAGGAGAAUGCAUUUUUCGUGGUUUGUGGGCAAGACUUUGUUCGGCUGCCUCACCAAACGAAGCUCGUCACAAUUGGCAAGAAUGACGUUUCGCACAGUUGGCAACAUAGCCGGGAUCUUGCAAAAGCCAUGCUCAAAGGUUCUUCGGUUGAUUGCAGCAACGGCACCGCUAUCAUCGAAUUUGUCGACGACCAUGGACUGAAUGCCUGCUACAAUCUCCUCAUGCACGCCACUGGUGACGGCAUGWCAUCCAUAUCGGCUAGCGCGGAGCAUAUGGAGAAAUGCUUUGUGACACAGAGCAAGGCACUGCGGGAAGCUAACAAGAGACUACGGCAGUCUGCAAACAAUAGCUAUGCAAUUGCGCCGGAUAGUCGUAGGGCCGGAUAUGAAGCGAUGCAAGAUCRCAGCGAAGAAGACAUUGUUUACGAGAAAAGCGAUGACUUGACGCUGAGUGGGGUCGUGCCCCAGAAACGAACCGCUCGUGUCGGUGAAGAGAUAUCGCCUUGGUUCACCCGAGACAACAACAGAAGAUCGACUCGCCAGGUCAAACCGACGAUAGCUCACCUGAGGACCCCCACUCCGCCACCGCGAUGGUCGGAGAUAAAUCCUCCAGUGGAAUGGCAACAGCCUGUGGUGUAUCCUUCGCAGGGCGCGCGACGUGUCACUGUGAACGAUUCCGACAUAUCUCGACUGGAUGAAGGUGAAUAUCUGAACGACAAUCUCCUUGGCUUCGCCAUCCGCCAUAUCGAGGAGACUAUGGAUCCGCAACACAAGCUCAAGGUCCACUUCUUCAACACCUUCUUCUACUCUGCGCUCAUGAAGAACAGGAGGGGAAUGGACUACGACGCCGUCAAAAGGUGGACCAAGAACGUUGACAUUUUCACCAUCCCAUACACUGUAGUGCCCAUCAACCACGAUCUUCAUUGGUACUUUGCAAUCAUUUGCAACAUGCAGUUCCUGGAUCGAAAGCUUUCGGGGGCCGCCGAACAGAACGAAAAUAUUCAAGACACACGAAGCAGCGUCAUUGACGUCGAGGAACUCAACGACGAUGCGCCACCAACAUCUGCUGGAGAUGAGCGUGAAAUUUUUACCAUGACGGACGAUGGGCACGUCGUAGGCAGCGCUGCAACGUCAAGUCACGCCAGCACGGCAAAUAGUAGGAGGAUCAAGAAGAAGACUGCGCCAACGAGGAAAUACGACACAAACGCUCCCGUCAUCAUCAUGCUCGAUUCAUUCGGCCAUGCGCGUCCGGCCGAGAUCAGCACUUUGAAAAAGUAUAUUCAAGCGGAAGCAAAAGACAAACGCGAAAUGGAUGUGGAUAUCGGCCAGAUUCAWGGGCUCAAUGCCAAAGGAAUACCGGAACAGCCCAACUUCUGCGACUGCGGUGUGUUCGUGAUCGGGAUCCUUCGGCAUUUCGCCAGGGAUCCCGAUACAUUUGUGAGAAAGCUUCUUCGGCGCGAAAUGGACCCUGACAAGGACUUCCCGAAUUUUAGUGCGCCUGCUAUACGAAACAGCAUCCGCCGUGAUCUGUUGAAGACUGCAGAUGAGCAGGCAGAAGAACGCAGGGUGCUCAAAGCGCAGAAGAAAACAAAGCUCGCAUCGACCAACACACCUUCGAGCAAGAGCAAGCCGGCGAGUCCUGUGUCUCAGCUGCAGACUGCGCACAAGACAUCAGCGGCUACCCUGCGUUCAACGUCGAUACCUGCUCCAUCCGCCCCCAAGUUUCACCCGUCCUCGCCAGCUCCCACCUCACAGACUGCGCUGCGGGAGCAAAGUACCCCACAUCUAGCCAUACCCAAGAGGACUGCCGAUAACGAUGACGAUCAAGAUGAGCUCGAAGUGUCGCCUCCAGUUGGGUUGAAAAAAGCAGGCAAUGCUUCUCUGACACACCGGAGUGCUUCCUCAGCAUCGUCAGACUCCGAUGAUGAGAUGUUGGAAGCGCCAAAACUCGCGAAUGGCUACCUGUCUUCCAAUUCGUUUACCCAGAAGCCCUCAUCUAGUGCGAUCAGCGCUUCGACUGCUCUGGGGACGGGGGCGUCCCAAGCCGGCAGUAACACAGGCUAUGAAGCGCGUGAUGGAGACACUGAGAUUCCAGACUCUCAAGGCCGAGGGUACUAG